AUGGUAAGUUUCAACACAAGUUUUGGUAAAAGAUUUCUUUUGAUAGGUUUCUCAGAUUGGCCUCAACUGGAAAUCUUCUUUUUUGUGUUCAUUUUAAUUUUCUACUCCCUAACUAUUUUUGGAAACACCACAAUUAUUAUUCUCUCUCGGGUGGACCUUCGACUGCACACACCCAUGUACUUCUUCUUGUCCCACCUCUCAUUCCUGGACCUCUGCUUUACAACCAGCACUGUUCCACAGCUUCUGAUCAACCUUUAUGGACUUGACAGAACCAUCAGCUAUGGAGGGUGUGUGGCUCAACUGUAUAUUUACCUUGCACUGGGCUCCACUGAGUGUGUUCUCCUGGUGGUAAUGGCCAUUGACCGCUACGCAGCCGUGUGUCGUCCUCUGCACUACACAACCAUAAUGCACCCUUGUCUGUGCCAGACAAUGGCUAUGUCUUCUUGGGUGGGAGGUUUCCUAAACUCUCUGGUUCAGACAGGUCUGGUGAUGGCCAUGCCCCUCUGUGGCCAUCGACUUAACCACUUCUUUUGUGAGAUGCCUGUAUUCCUUAAGUUAGCAUGUGAAGAUACGGAAGGAACAGAAGCGAAGAUGUUUGUAGCUCGAGUGAUAAUACUGGUUUUUCCUGCAGCUCUAAUUUUAGGGUCUUACGUACAGAUUGCUAGAGCAGUCUUAAGGAUCAAGUCAAUGGCAGGACGCAGAAAGGCCUUUGGGACCUGUGGAUCUCACCUUCUUGUGGUUUUCCUUUUUUAUGGCUCAGCCAUCUACACAUAUCUCCAACCGAUCCACAGUUACACUGAGAGUAAAGGAAAGUUUGUUGCCCUUUUUUAUACUAUAAUUACUCCUAUUCUCAAUCCUCUGAUUUAUACCUUAAGGAACAAGGAUGUGAAGGGGGCUCUGAAAAAGAUACUAACGAGAGGGCGAGACUCAGGGUAG